GUGGUAUAUUUCUCUUCAAAGUAUGGCUAGUUUAUGUGAUAGAUUUAACUUAAAUUGUACUUGUGCAUUUGUAUUUAGCCCACAGCAGGUCAUCUUCAAUGAAAAGAGUGAGCUGAAAGAAACACCUACAGAAUGCGAGCGGGCAGCCUCUCCUGCAGAAUUACUCGUGCUUUUACUGAAAGACACCGUCGAAGAGAUUAGUUCUGAGAAUGCUGAUCUUUCUGCAUCUAAUUUGAAGAUUUCUAAGCAGAAGGAAAUAUUAACAAAAGAAUUAGACACUUUCAAAUGUGAAAACAUAGCUGUAGACCAUCUUAGAGACACAGACUGCGAACAAACAGGAGAUUCUUCCUCCUCCAAGUUUGUAGAGAAUCUAACCGGUGAUGAAGAUGAACAUGCUAAUCUACAGAAGAAAAUAAUGGAAAAGGAGACCUAUAUCCAAGAACUUUCUUCUUUGUUUCAGGAUGAAAAGGCAAAUACUUUGAAAGCAAACCGUUUGUCUCAAUCAGUAAAGCUAGUGCACGAACGACUCCAGCUCCAGAUUCAUAAAAAAGAAGCAGAGAAUGAUAAGUUAAAAGACUACAUAAAGGGCUUAGAAACCAAGAUAGCCAAGUGGAACUUACAGUUGAAAACCAGUAAGCAGGAGGCAGUAGCAAUGAAAAAAGCCAGUAGGCAGAAGGCUAUAGCUCUGAAAAAGGCAUCUAAGAUUUAUAAACAGCGGCUUGAGCAUUUUACAGGCGACAUUGAAAACAUCACUUCCCAAAUUAGAGAUCAGGAAGCCAAGUUGUCUGAAACAGUUUCAGCUUCCAAUGCCUGGAAAAGUCAUUACGAGAAAAUUGUAAUAGAGAAAACUGAAUUGGAAGUUCAGAUUGAAACAAUGAAAACGCAAAUUGUUAAUCUUUCGGAGGACAUAAAGAAAAUGGAAGCCCAUGGUAAAAAUUCAUAUGAAGAAAUUCUUAGAAAACUACAAUCAGUUGAGAAUGAAAAAGAAACUCUGAAUCUUGAGAAUACAAAGUUAAAGACUACACUUGCUUCGUUGAAGGAGGAAGUCGUGUCUGUGGAAAAUGAACUACAUGAAUUACAAGAAGUGGAAAAACAACAAAAAGCCCUUAUUGAGGUAUAUGAAACUCAGGUACAAAACUUGCAAGAAGCUGCUGAAGUGGUGAAAAGCAGAUGUGAAAAUUUGCUACGUGAAAAUAAACUAAUAGCAAAAAGGAAAAAUAAAAAAAUAGAGAAAAUGAGAGGCCAGAUGGAGUCUCAGAUGCAGGAGUUAGAGCACGUGCGUGAUUCCUUGACGGCGGCCGAGCGGAGGCUUCGCGAGUGUCAGGAGAACCUACAGCGCUGCAAGGGGAUGUGUGCGGACCAGGCGCACACCGUUAGGGAGCUGCAGGGCCAGAUUGAAGGAAGUAACAAUCUUCUAGCAAAGGUUUCUCUGGAAGAGGAAAAUUAUCUUAUUCAGUUGAAGUGUGAAAGCCUUAAACAAAAAUUGGAGCAAAUGGAUGCAGAAAACAAAGAGCUUGAAAAGAAAUUGGCAAACCAAGAGGAGUGUCUUAAACAGAGCAAUCUGAAGUUUAAAGAGAAAUCUGCAGAAUACACAGCCUUGGCCAGGCAACUGGAAGCUGCUUUAGAGGAAGGAAGACAGAAGGUCUCUGAAGAAAUAGAGAAAAUAUCGUCUCGAGAGAGGGCUUUGCAAAUUAAAAUAUUAGAUCUGGAAACUGAGCUUAGAAAGAAAAAUGAAGAACAAAAUCAAUUUAUUUGCAAAAUGAACAGUAAAGCUCAACAUCAGGAAGUGUGUUUGAAAGAAAUUCAAUAUAACCUUGAGAAGACGGAGAGUCAAAAUGAGAGCAUUAAGAAUUAUUUGCAAUUUCUUAAAACUUCUUAUGUAACAAUGUUUGGAUAAAUUGUAUAAUUUCUUUUCUA